GUCGAUGAACCGUCCUUCCUCCUCCAUCAGAGUAUUCCUUAGGCGCUCUAUAUACCCCCUUCAUCGCUACCGCUAUCCCCCGUACACCUAUUUAACUAGACCCAGAUUCAAUUCAUCUAUAGCGGCUCAUAAUUCGAAGCCCUUGGAAGAUCCGGGAGCACCCCUAACCUCGCACUCGGCUGCAUCAACAUUGAACGAUUCCGACUAUCUCAGACCACUACAGCAAUACAAUUUUCUCAUUAAUAAAGGUGCCCUUCGAGGCGACGAGCACCAGACCCGGAUAAUACAGAAACUCCAGCAUCUACACGACCAGCUCCUCGAUUACACUCCUCCGUCGAUACCCGAAGCCUCGUCUUCCUUUUCAAUCCUUUCUCGCAUCUUUCAAUCCAAAACUUCUAGCCCUACCACACCGCCCCCCGAGGCCCCGAAAGGCCUGUAUCUGUAUGGCGACGUCGGAACCGGAAAGACCAUGCUCAUGGAUCUAUUCUACUCUACGCUUCCACCCCACAUCAAACGCAAACGCCGCGUUCAUUUUCAUGCAUUUAUGAUAGAUGUCCACAAACGCCUUCACGCCGCCAAAAUAGAGUUGGGCUACAAGGGUGGGGAUCCCAUCGUCCCGGUCGCGAGAGACCUGGCCAGAGAGGCUUACGUGCUUUGCUUUGAUGAGUUCCAAGUGACCGACAUUGCAGAUGCAAUGAUUUUGAGGAGAUUAUUAGAGAGUUUGUUGAGCUAUGGGGUUGUGUGUAUCAUGACAUCGAAUCGACACCCAGACGAUCUCUACAAGAACGGCAUUCAACGUUCCUCCUUCAUUCCCGCGAUUGAACUCCUCAACUCCCAAUUUCUUGUUACAGACCUGGAUUCAGGAACUGACUAUCGUCGCAUCCCCCGCGCUCUCUCCAAGGUCUAUUAUGACCCUCUCACACCCGAGACCCGUAGAGAAAUGGACAAACUUUUUGCCUCGAUCACACAGGACGAACAAGUCAUACGCAAUAGACCACUGAAAGUCUGGGGUCGAGAACUUCUGGUGCCGGAGAGCAGCAAUCAUGUAGCAAAAUUUAGAUUCAAUGAGUUGUGCGGGAGACCAUUGAGUGCGGCUGAUUAUUUGGAAGUGACGAAGACGUUCCCGACCGUCUUCGUACUCGAUAUACCCAAGAUGGGGAUGGACAAGAAAGAUAUGGCGAGAAGGUUCAUUACAUUUAUUGACUCAUGUUAUGAGAGCAAGACUAGAUUAUUUGUAUCCUCUGAAGUCCCUAUAUACCAAAUCUUCUCGGACGAUACUGUCGACACAUCUAAACCGAUAUCAGACCACAUGAGAAGCGUGAUGGACGAUCUUGGGAUAUCUGAACAGAUUGUGGGGAACAGCUCCAUUUUCUCCGGUGAAGAAGAGCUCUUCGCAUUUGCGCGAGCUUGUUCGAGAUUAGUCCAAAUGGGUAGUAAAGAGUGGGCGGAGUUGGCGGGAGCAUCAUGAAAUUACAAACUACUGACUCUCUAUAGGAAUAUCUUUUUUAAUUUUAAUCGGCCUGUUCAUAAUACUUUUACUCGAUUUUGCUCUAUCUUUCCGGUAUCAGCUUGCCAAAUAAGUGCAAUCGAUACCAUCGGG